UUUGUCACCGGCCCACGACAUUCACGAGCGGUGUCAUCCGGAAGUGUGACGUCAUUGGGCAAAAGUUGGGACGAACUAUUCCUCGCGGACUCUUUAAAGCCGACGCGAAAAGUUGACGAAUUGCUUUGAGACUGCUCGAAAGACCCGCGAGGACGCCCGAAAUUAGCAGGAGGGUUGACCACAGCCCCGCGGGGGGCUUUUGAGCUAAUUAGCCUCGACGUAAAUAGCAACGCGCGGCUAAAGGCUCAAAUUGGCUUGCUUUAGGCUCUUUUCAGUCAAUAACUUGAUUCGCGAAAUGCUCUAGUUAACAUUACAGAUGAUAAUGUUGCACUUAAUUGACUUUUUUUUUUUCUAAAGUGGGAAAGAAACGAUACUGCGGAAUUUGUCAUGCCCUUAUUUGGCAGUGAGAGACGGGGCGUGCAAGCUCCGCCCACAGCGGCGGAAGCAGUCAAAAGGACGCCGUCUUCUUCUUCGUCGGCAGGUCACAGAGAAUCGUCGUAACCUUAACUUCCUGUCAGUUUCGUCAGCAUGACGCACCAGUUCGCCAGCCUGACCGAGGCCCAGAAGAAGGAACUCCACGAGACCGCCAUGCGCAUCGUCUCUCCGGGCAAAGGCAUCCUGGCCGCCGACGAGUCAGUGGGCAGCAUGGCCAAGCGUCUGGCCCAGGUGGGCGUGGAGAACACGGAGGAGAACCGGCGUCAGUUCCGGCAGAUCCUCUUCAGCGCCGACGAGCGGGUCAACGGCUGCAUCGGCGGCGUCAUCUUCUUCCACGAGACGCUCUACCAGCACUCGGACGCCGGCGUCGGCUUCGUCAAGAUGAUCCGGGACAGGGGAAUCCUGGUCGGCGUCAAGGUCGACAAGGGCGUCGUUCCUCUGGCGGGGACCUGCGGCGAAACCACCACCCAGGGACUGGACGGCUUGUCGGAGCGCUGCGCCCAGUACAAAAAAGACGGCGCCUCCUUCGCCAAGUGGCGCUGCGUGCUGAAGAUCGGCGACGCCAACCCGUCCAAGCUGGCCGUCGCCGAGAACGCCAACGUCCUGGCGCGCUACGCCAGCAUCUGCCAGCAGCACGGCCUGGUGCCCGUCAUCGAGCCCGAACUCCUACCGGACGGCGAUCACGACCUGAAGCGCUGCCAGUACGUCACGGAGAAGGUGCUGACGGCCGUCUACCGGGCCAUGUCGGACCACCACGUGUACUUGGAGGGCACGCUGCUCAAGCCCAACAUGGUCACGCCGGGCCACGGCUGCAGCAAAAAGUACAGCCCGGAGGACGUCGCCAUGGCGACCCUCACCGCACUGCGCCGCACGGUCCCCCCGGCGGUGGCGGGCGUGGCCUUCCUGUCGGGCGGCCAGAGCGAGGAGGAGGCGUCCGUCCACCUCAACGCCAUCAACAACUGCCCGCUGGCCAAACCCUGGACCCUCACCUUCUCCUUCGGCCGCGCCCUGCAGGCCUCGGCGCUGCGGGCCUGGCGCGGGCACAAGGAGAACCAGAAGGCCGCCACCGAGCAGUUCGUCAAGAGGGCCGAGGUGAACAGCCUGGCGUGUCGAGGGAAGUACAAGGGCGCCGACAACUACGCCGACUCCGCCCACGGCGUCUACGGAUCCUGCUACUCGUUCUGAACGCGGCCCCAGCGCGAGGCGCCGAUCCUGGCGCCGUCCGGUCCGGCGCUUUCGCUCAUCGCGCCGACACAUUUCGGAAAACUCCUUUCGCGAUCUUGCCGUCUUGGGAAGAUGGCGGUCGCGACAAGUUAGCUUCUUGAAAAUAUUAACGCUAGCUCCUAAUUUUAAAACCAUAACUCACAUCAUUUGAAACCCUAAACCUGUCUUGAAACCCCGUCCCCGUGUUAACGUUUGACAUAUGAAAUUAAAUGCUACUUUGAAAGCCGGACCCUGAUUUUAAACCUUAAUUUGAAAUCUUUGUUUAAUUCCUUAAAGCAGCUUUAGACCCUCAACCUUGUUUUCUUUUUUUUAAUUAUUAUUAUUAUUAUUAUUUACCUUGGCUUGAAACCCAAACCCUUGUUUAAAUAUUUUUAAUUCAUUUACACGUGCGAUUUAUGAACUAGUUUUGGAAUCAGAAAUCAAGGUAAAUUUUUUUUUUUUUUUUUUUUUGACUAUUGUUCAUGUUUGGUUACACAAAAAUGCUUGCUAUAUCUCAAAGUUGUGACAUGCCAAUUUGAAAUUUUAACAAAAAUCCCAGAAGUUGAAACACACACGAUUUUGCCUCCGCGGGCCCCAUGAAACCAUAUUUCGGGCCAGAUGUGGCCCCCGGGCCUUGGGUUUGACACAUGAAACCGUAACUUGCAAGUUUCUUGAAACCUAACUUUAACCUCAGCUUGAAAUAUUAUUGUAAAAGCUUAAAAAACAUAACAUAAAUGCAAUGACAAAACUGUACUUUGAAGUCCAAACAGGCUUGAAACCUGAUUUGGAAUCUGCAACCUUCGCUUUGAACAUUAAUUUAAAACCAUAACCUUUGGUUAAACCCCCCCCCCCC